GAAUAAAUGACUAAUUAAUCUUAUCAAUUGCUAUCGCGAAGGCGGAGCUUGAAUUCCAAUUGUUCAAGUUCUCCUCGUAAUUAUCUGCAAAUGAGUGAAUUGACGCUAACAGCAAUAUUUCGCCGGUGAUUAUGAUGAUGACAGGCUGUUUGUCUGGUUUAUUUUGUGUUUCUCUUUCGCUUUUGUAUUGAGUGUCGAUACAUGAGAAACUGCCUGCAGCAUUCUGCUUACGUGGGCAUCAAGGUUAUCACUUUGCCGGUUAAAUCCAUUCGUUGAAGUUUUGGAGUUGUUGAUGAUUUCGGGGCCAUUGAUCUAGAAUUUUCGAUUUUUUUUCUAUAUUUUUCUUUAGUGGAGUGAAAAUGACGGUCAAGAUCAAAGUUAAGGAUAAGCUGGAGGACGAGACCCUUGAUCUGAGCUGGUGCGACCUUAAAGAGGUCCCUAUUAAGGAAAUUGCGACGAUUAAGAAAGCCUCGCAUUUGGAUCUGUCUAACAAUCAGUUGGUUUCUAUUCCUAAAACAAUUGUUAGUUUAACACAUAUUGUUAAACUCGAUCUCAGCAAAAAUCUGCUGACAGAAAUACCUGAGAACAUUGGAGAAAUGAAGCAAUUGAAGUAUUUGGACUUGUACAGCAAUCAGAUCAGUAGAUUGCCACUGAGUAUGGGUGAUUUAAAAAAUCUCAAAUGGCUGGACCUAAAGGACAAUCCACUGACAUCAGCUGUUGCCAGUAUAGCUGGCCCAUGCAGCAAUACUGUUGAAUGCCAACAGUGUGCUCGCAGUAUCGUAUCGUACCUGACGUGUAUUAGGCAAAUGAUCGAGGAGGAGAAGAAGAGGAGGAAUGAGGCAUCGACAGCUGCAAGUGCACCUGCUGCACCGAGUAAAAAAGAAAGCAAGAAGAAGAAAAAGAAGAAUAACGUGAAGGAUGAGAAGCAGAAUCAGAAGGAAGCUGAUGUAAAGAGUUCAGCAAGUCAUGGGAGUGUCGUGGAUCGAAAAACUCAGCUCCGUGGACAGAACAGGGGGAGAUCGAGUGAAUCAUCAUCAGGAGGUGUUUGUAAGAGCCUCUGCAGAAUGUUGUGUUCAACCCUGACAUUCAUAAUUUUCUUAGGAAUUUUAAGUGUCUUCGCGGGAAUUCUUCUUCCGAGAUUCAAUCAACCUCUCUCUGAUAAAGUCUUCACUUAUCUUGAGGAUCAAACGAAAUUGCCAGUGAAGGAGUACCAGAAACUGGGAAUUGAGAAGUUUGACGCAUCCGCAGAAGUCUUGAUGACAUUUCUCAAUCGGACGAAAACUCUGGCAUCAGAAACUUUCGCUAAAAUAAUCGGCGAACAGCACAAAUGUUGUGGGAAUUGAUAGAAAAAAAUUUAAUAUCUCUCUCGGGAUGAAGAUUGCCUUGUGAUUGUCGGCUCAAUGAAACAGAAUUUAAUUGUGUAAUUAAUAAAAAUUUGUUACCGAAAUAAAAUUAAAAUCACACAAUAA